GCAGGCACCAACUCUCACUCUCACGUGCUGGGUAUAUAGUGGAAGAGGCUUAAGAGGUUCUGCACUCAAACAUCAAAGAAGAGAAAAAAAUGGAAGAUGGACUUUUAGCAGCAGAGGCCAAUGAGAACUGCGAGGACGUGUCAGCAAGUGAUUCCAAAGCCACGGCCAUUGUUGUACUGAGCUCCAUAGUCGCCCUCUGCGCUUCACUUUCUAUUGGGUGUUCUUCCGGAUUUUCAUCUCCUGCUGAAUCUGGAAUUAUGGAAGACUUGGGCCUCUCUGUCGCUGCUUAUUCAGUUUUCGGUUCAAUAAUGACAGCAGGAGGAAUAGCAGGAGCACUUGUUAAUGGAAAGAUAGCAGAUGUCAUCGGUAGGAGAGGUACAUUGUGGUUCUCUGAGUUCUUCACCAUUGCAGGGUGGCUUGCUAUAGCAUUUGCAAAGAAUGCUUGGUGGCUGGACCUUGGAAGACUGUCUUUGGGAUUUAGCAAUGGGAUUCUUGCCUACGUGGUUCCUAUAUAUGUUGCAGAAAUUACCCCAAAGAACCUUCGGGGAGGAUUUACAUCCGCUAAUCAGUUGAUGAUUACUUGCGGCAUUUCUCUGAUGUACUUCAUUGGAAAUGUCACUUCUUGGCGCAUCUUGGCUUUAAUUGGUAUCAUUCCAUGUCUCAUAGAACUUCUAGGCUUAUUCUUCAUUCCAGAAUCUCCUAGAUGGCUGGCUAAAAUUGGCAAGGAGAAAGAGUUUGAAACUGCUCUACAACGCCUUAGGGGAAGGAAUGCUGAUAUUUCUCAAGAAGUGGCUGAUAUCAGGGAUUAUACGGAAGCUUUGGAGCUGCAGUCAAAAACUAGAUUUCUAGAUUUGUUCCAAAGGAGAUAUGCUCAUUCACUUACUGUUGGAGUUGGAUUGAUGUUACUGGUACAGUUUGGAGGGAACAAUGCCAUUUCUGCUUAUGCCGCCUCUAUAUUCGAAGAAGCUGAUUUUUCGAGUAGUGUUGGGACAAUAUCAAUGGCUAUUAUCCAGAUUCCAGCUACUGCUGCUAGUGUGCUCUUAAUAGAUAAAUCAGGAAGACGGCUACUUCUAAUGGUAUCUGCUGCCGGAAUGUGCUUGAGUUGCUUUCUUGUAGGCUUGUCAUUCUGGUUUCAGGACCUCCAGCAGUGGAAGGGGCUCACUCCCAUUUUGGUGUUUAUUGGCAUAAUGGGGUAUGCUGUUUCUUACUCAAUAGGCAUGGCAGGAAUACCAUGGGUCCUAUUGUCAGAGAUAUUUCCCAUGAACAUAAAGGGCUCAGCUGGAAGCCUGGUGUCUUUAGCAAACUGGACCUGUUCUUGGAUUGUAACCUACGCUUUCAACUUUAUGAUGGAAUGGAGCUCAGCAGGAACAUUUUUCAUAUUCUCGUUGAUAUGUGGUUCAGCUGUUGUAUUUGUUGCAAAGCUUGUACCAGAAACAAAGGGGCGAGUGCUAGAAGAAAUACAGGCAUCGAUUACCCAUUUGGUCCAAUAAUUAAGAUGAAUUUCCCAUUCUAUUAAUUAUAAUACACUGUGUUCACUCCCUUGUAACCUUU